AUGCUGACAGUUGAUAGAGGUGGUGACGACCUCACAAGGAGCUGGAAUGAGGAGCAAAGGACUAGCAAGGGUGGUGGAGAGAUGAUUGGUUAUCUUCGCACAAGGUUGCAUAAGAAGCGAAGGACUAGGAAGCGUGGGGGAGAAGCAAUUGGUUAUCAUCUCACAAGGUCAGAUAAGAAGCAAAAGACUUGCGAGGGUGCAGGAGAGACAAUUGGUUCAUUGACUUCAGAUGCUGAUUAUGCUGGGCUACUUGGUGGCUCUAGUGGUUCUGAUCAAGAUGUCUGUGAUUGGCUUAGUGAAGAAGUUGCGUUAAAAAUGGCCAGAAAUGUCGUCUCGCUUAUCUUGUUUGAUGGAUCCAUUAAUAUAUUAGUAUGCUCAGGCAUCCCUAUAGAAAGCAAAAAACCUGUUACAAGAUUAUUGACUUCAGGAAGUCUGGGUAGAAUUUUUGUAGAAAAACGAAAUUCUGGUUGUGACAUGAAGAUUCAAGUGUGCGAUGCAUCCAAUAAUGUUGCCACAGGGUGGUUGGAACAGCAUGUCUUGGAUCGUGGAUUUACUCUUGUCAACGUCAAACAACCCCUUGAUGUUCGUGCAGUACAUCUUGAUCAUGAGGUGGAAAUUCUACCUGACAGUAACCUGGUAGGCGUAGAGCUUAUUGAUUCUGCCGGACCAACGGCCAUAAGAGGGAUCCUGACUAAAGAUUCAAGCGCUUCUGAAGAUGGCGUAGAGCUUUCAUACUCCACUUGUAAAAUCUCUAAGGCUGGUGAUGGUGGACCACUUUUUGAUGGUGAUGGGAACUUUGUUGGCAUGAACCUGUUUUUUGAUACUGAAAGAGAGAAUUCAACUCAGAUUUAUAACAUCUCCCAAAUCGAGGCAUUUAUGACUCUUAGGUCUAGAAGAAUACGCGCACCUGGGCCUCUGAAACAAAACGAAAAACACUAUACCUCCUAUCCAGAAGGAAAUGAACUUACAAACCAGGAUCUGUUGGAGGAGGAUCUAAACUCCUUGGGUUAUCCCAAGUCAGUGGAUUGUGGCAUGGUUUUGGUUAAUACUUUUGAAGACACUUUUGGUGACUCAUAUGAUUCUGGUGAAGGUGUCUGGGGUAUAGUCAGUGAAACAGUUUCAAAAGAUUUGUCUCAGAGUGUUGUCUCCCUUGCUUCAUACAAAGGAGAAACGAGGUCUUUUGCUUGUUCAGGCAUAGUUACAGAAUGGAAUGGAUGCACCACUAUUCUGACUUCGGCAAGCUUGGUUAGAGAUCGUCUUGAUGAAGACAAGAUCGAUAAAAACCUCAGGAUUGACGUGUUGCUUACAAACAAACAACGCACCGAAGGGACAUUGCAACAUUACAACUUGCACUAUAAUAUAGCUAUUGUCAGUUUCAAGGGUUCCUGUGCUCUUUCUACAGCAAAUAUUUAUGAUCGGGCACUUAAUACUACCCAAGUGGUAGCUGUAGGGCGUUGCUUUGAAUCAGGCACGUUAAUGGCCACGAGAGGGAAACUGACAAGGUGGCAAAAGCACUGGCGGAGCAGAUUUGAUUGCAAUGUUAUCCAAUACUCCACUUGUGAAAUCACUAAGGCUGGGAUUGGAGGACCUGUUGUUGAUUUUGAAGGAAAAUUUGUUGGCAUGAACUUCUAUGAUGAGAAAGAAGGGACCCCGUUCCUACCACAAGCUAUGAUUCUCCUAGUCCUGGCACAUUUCGAGAAGAGAAGGAUUGUUGCUGAAGCUGACGAUGAUGGUUACACGAAUAGAUGGCCUGUGCCUAAGCCAUUUUGGAGUCAUCCCGAUCAUCAUCGGAAUGAGGACAAAUAAUAGGGGGUGGUUCAUGUACCCGGGAGCUCAUCCGUAUACAGGACACGGACACCUCUUUGGGGAGCUGAUCAGUUUCCAUUAGAUAUCAUUGCAUCCUUGAACUGUUAUGCUCGCUCAGUCUGUCCAUUGCCUUGCAAGCGGUGAACCUUUUUUUUCUCCCGAACAGUAGUGAACCUUUUGUUUCUGCUCAUUAUAUGUGCAAAGGGUAAAACAAAUUGUAAUUUGGUUGGAUAAUGGUUGCACAAUCCAAUCGGAUGUUGCUGUAA